AUGGAAGCUGCGAUCGAGGGCGCCGGGAAGACGCAGGAGAAGAAGAAGAAGGGCCCCCGAGAGUUCGACUGGACCAAAGCGACCUUUGGCCACUAUGUCUUGAAGCUGGCCUACGUGGGCACCAACUACCAUGGCUUAGCAUGGCAGGAACCACGUACUUGCCCAACCGUCGAGGCGGCCCUCUUCGAGGCCCUGCAGAAGACGCGCCUCAUCCAGGACCGGCAGAGUUGCAACUUCUCCCGCUGCGGGCGCACUGACAAGGGGGUGCAUGCCGCCGGUAACUACAUCUCCUUGACUCUGCGGCUAAAGCCCGCCUCUGAAUCUGGAACGGAAGCGUUUGACUACCCCAGCAUACUAAACGGCGUGCUGCCGUCCGACAUCAGGAUCUUGGCCGCGGCGCCCGCGCCGAGUGGCUUCGAUGCUCGCUUCAGCUGCUUGUUCCGGGCGUACCAGUAUUACUUUCCACAUGCUGGGGAAGACCUCCAGAAAAUGAGUGAAGCAGCUGCCUACUUCGUGGGCGAGCACGAUUUUCGAAACUUCUGCAAGAUGGACGUCGAGAACAUUACGAACUACCGUCGGCGUGUGCUGUCGGUGUCUGUGCGGCCAAUGAGCGAUGGUGUGGCCGAGUUCGCAGUGACUGGCGUCGCAUUCCUUUGGCAUCAGGUUCGCUGUAUGGCGGCCGUGCUUCUCCUUGUGGGCCAAGGCCUAGAGCAGCCCAGCGUCGUCCAGGAGCUGCUGGACGUGGAGCGCUACCCGCGCAAGCCACUGUACGAGCCGGCUGAUGAGUCUGGAUUGGUGCUUCGCGACUGUGGUUUCGAGGGUGUCGACUUUGCGCCCAGUUCGCACAAGCCAGCAGGAGAAUCGGGACUUCCAACCCCCUCCAGCGCUGCAGCCCCGUGGCUCAUUGCUUCUUUAGUGGUGGUCUUGGAUGAUGCUGGACUUUGCAUGGACUGCCCCCCUGGCCAGUUUUCGGCAGAUGGCCGCCAGUGCACGAAGUGCUUAGCGCAACAGCGCUGGAACGCAGAAUCGGAUGCAUGCGCAGACUGCCCAGCCGGUACUACCGUUUCCGACGAUGGGACCCACUGCGGCCCGGAGUCCACCAUCUUUUAUCUCGAGAACCCGAGGUCAGGGUUCUGUGCACAGGUCAAUGUGUCACAAGACUAUUCCAUAAGGAUGGAGCAGUGUGGCCGGGAAAGCGAAGUUUGGUAUUUCCGCAAUGGGCAGUUCCGGAGUGUUUCAAGCCAAUUUUGCUUGAAUGUCAAUGGUAACCCUGGCAUGGAGAACGGUCUUGGAACUUCAGCUUGGCAUUGCGAGCCUUCAGGAGCAUUUCACACAGAUCAGGCGUGGCAGCUGAACGGCAGUCUGAUCCUCCAGAAACUUUCAGGCAGAUGUUUGACGGUCCGGGGAGGUCAGACUGAGAGCGGCACGCCGCUGGUCCUCUAUGACUGCGCAGAAAGAGAGGAGGCAAAUUUGACCGGUCAGUAUUGGCAUUUCUUGCCUGCAUGCGAAGACAGAGAUGGCCCGCCAGGUGUCUACAAGAUUUGUCCGAGCAUUUCAUGUCCCUUCUCUGAUGGGCUCCGGUGCAAGACGUGCGCCGGUCAUCAGUACUGGAACCUUGAAGACAUGGCUUGCUCAGACUGCCCAGACGACAUGGUUGCCACAGAAGAUCGGCUCAGCUGCGUGCGGCGAACCAUCGCUGGUCUCACCGAACUGGGCUGGGCAGUUGUAGGCACAUCCUUGGCUGCCUUCUAA